AUGGCUAUCUUGGCUGUGACAGUGAAAAAUUUAACAACUGAUCAAUAUGCUCUUCUUCAAUUCAAAGCACAUAUCACGUCCGAUCCUUACAGUGUACUGGCAUAUAACUGGUCCAUUUCUAAUCCAAUCUGUAACUGGGUUGGAAUUUCCUGUGGUGCUCGCCAUGAAAGAGUCACAGCUUUGAACCUUCCAUUCAUGGAACUCGGAGGCACUAUCUCUCCACACUUGGGCAAUCUCUCAUUCCUGGUGAAACUUGAUCUUAGUUACAACAAUUUCCAUGGCCAUCUGCCGAAUGAACUGGGACAAUUACGCCGACUGAGAGCCUUUUCUAUCAGUAACAAUACAAUAAGUGGAGGAAUUCCAGGAUUUGUACCAUCCCAGAUGUUCUCUUCAAUGUAA